AUGCUGCGUUUUGCGUUCCCGAUCGCUCUUUUACUAUUGCUCCAGCAGACAUGUUUCGCUCGAGAACUGAGCGCCAUUCGCAAUCGUCGCGACGCGCAAACUUCAGAAGCCGCGAUUCCAGUUACUUCGAUUCCUGAUUCAAAAGUUGAAGAAUCACGCGACCUGGUAGCUGCUGCCUCGGGUCACAAAGGUCAUCGGCACGAGUCCGGUGGAGGACAGAGUCAUCAUUCAGACCAUCACGAGGAGCACGGCGACGAGGGUGACAAGGGGUACAAGAGUCACCAUCAUCACGACAAGAGCGACAAAGGUGAACACGACAAGAAACAUCAUUCUGGUCAUCACGAGGAACACGGCGGCCACAAGAAGGGACAUCAUGACGAGCACGAAAAGUACGGGGAGCAUGAAGAGGGCGAGAAGGGACACAAGGGUGGCAAGUUCGGUGAAAAGAAGGGUCACAAAAAGGGACACAAGACCAAAGGGUAUCACAACAAAUUCCAUAAGGACGAAUAUCACAAGGAGCACAAGUUCUACGAUGACUACCACAAAGGUGGACACCAUAAGAAGCACGGCGACUUCCACGGGCACCAUGAGAAGAAAGAAGGAGAGCACAAAAAAGGUGGCCACAAGCAUUCCGGAUACCACGAAGAUCAUCAUGGGAAGAAAGGCCACCACGACAAGGGUCACCUAGACGAGGAGCAUAAAGGACACCACGGGAAGCACGGGCACGAUGAGCAUUACAGUCAUCAUGAUUCUUAUGGAAAGAAGGGUGACCAACAUCAUGGAAAAAAGUUUGGGUAUAAGAAGGGCCACAAGGGCUGA